CAUCUUUGAACGCACUUCACGUGAGAAGAGAAAACGGCUCAAAAUGGCGGCGUACUUGGCAGUUUUCUGUUGUACAAAAUAGGUUAUCGGGGUGGUGCCUAUAUGCGACCGACAAUUCCGCGGGAUCUAACGUGAAGCUAAUAGCGUCGCAAGUAUUAUUAUGAUCAACUCCAGAUAAGACUCGUGUACACGGCGCGUUUUAACCUCCCGUAUUAUCGCGCGCAACCCGGAAGAUAAUGGCCGAUAAUGCCAUCGCAGGCGACGACGAGCUCCUGAAAAAUAUUAAAACGCUCCUCUGGGGCUCGACCGUCAAGGAGGACGUUUUCAAGCGAUGGGCGCAAGGCUUCUACUUCAGCAUAGAUGAACCUACCGCGCUUGUACAGAGAGAGGGCGGACCUUGCGCUGUGAUAGCCGCGGUUCAAGCAUUUAUUUUGAAGCAGUUACUGCUGGAGAGCGACGUCAUAACUUGGAAGGCUAUCAAGGCCGAAAAAUGUGAUCAGCUGCUUGUGAAAGCCAUGACUGAAAUUAUAACUCAAGCCGCCGAUAUUCAGGAUCCUAAGUAUUCGGUGGUGCACGCCGGUGAUUCUAAUGGCUUUGUGUCCGGCAAGGACGACACUGACUCGAAGUCAACCGAGUCGACGGUGAAUCCAGCCCAAGAUAUUAGCGAGGGUAAUCAAUUUAACGAAACGCAAGCCGCGAAACAAGCGUCGUUAGAAUCGGAGGUUUUUCAUUCUCAAUUAAGGAUAUUUACCACGAGUAGCAUCGAUGACGUAGAGGAUUUCUUCACGGAACGAAUUGGAAUGUUAAAAGAUCAGUACGGUAUACUGCUGCUACUUUACACAGUGAUGUGUACAAAAGGAGUUUCGGAAAUAUGCUUCGAAAUGUCGGACCCCACAGAACCCAUGAUCGAUUCCACCUAUGGAUACGGAAGCCAAAGUUUAAUAAAUUUAAUGCUUACCGGCCGGGCAGUUAGUCACGUCUGGGAUCAUGAUCAAGAUAUUAGUGGAUUAAAAUUACGCGGUAUUGAUAAACAGAAUACGGUGGGAUUCCUCACUCUGCUAGAGCAUUUACGUUAUUGCGAAGUGGGAACAUUCUUAAAAUCACCGUCGCACCCGAUCUGGGUGCUAGGAUCGGACACGCAUUUAACUGUACUGUUCUCUACGGAGAAACGAUUAGUGAGUCCAGAGACGCCGUCGGAACAAGCGCGAAGAAUUUUCAAACGCUUUGACCCUGAAGGGAAUAACUUUAUCGCGGCAAAUUUGCUGCAGGACGUAUUGGCGGAAUUAGGACUGGUAGCUGAUGCGGAAUAUGUCGAUAUCAUGAGGAAGAAACUGGAUGGUGAAAAUUUAGGGAUAAUACUUCUCGCGUCGUUUAUGGAUGAAUUCUUUCCCGAGGAACCAUGUAUGUGCCCAGACAUGUUCGUCUUGUAUCACUACAAUGGUCUACAGCGUAGCAAUCCAGAAAACAGAGUGAAAUAUCACAAGGGACAAGCGGUAUUGCUCGAGUGCACUGUAAAAUGUAUCAUGGAUAGCAAUCCCAUGCUAACGGUCCUGCAAACAAAGUGGCCAAGGAUUGAGAUACAGUGGGACAUAGUACGAAAUCCUAGUUUAAAUUAGAAUUUAUAAACUGUAAUAUAUAUAUAUGUAUACAAUGGAGCUGACGCAUAGAGUGACCUGACCGAGCGCUUCUAUAGGAUAUCGUUGAGAGGAUUACCAUUUUAAGAUCGUAGUCUAGUCAAAUCGGCCAUCUUCUGAUUUGCAUCGGUAAAUACCGCGAGGACAUUGAAUAUACCUGCCAAUAAGGAAUAUUAAUUGUUUCAACGAAAAUAUGUAGUAUUCGCGUAACGCAUGGUCAGUAAAAAUCUAUUAAGGAUAUCUACAAUUUAUGUCGAAGUAUUUGCACCACACUGACUAUGUCAACGAUAUUAAAAUAAUUACUUUUAUUGAAUAUAUUGUCAGAAGCGCAAUCUAGUUUCAGUAUUUCUCAAAAGAGCAUUAUAACGAAAUUUCUCAGCACAAUAGAAUUUAACGGUGGUCGAUUGCAAGUAAUUUACAGUGACACAAGGUUAUUAAAAGAAUUCUGCUUACUCGCGAAGUUAACUUCAUAAUAAAGAUUUUUAAUUUUCACGGAAAUUAACACGUAAUUCUACGUGGAUUCUAAUAAAAUUCAUUUUGUUGCAUAUUAUAUAGACGAAAUGUUACUAAAGUGUUAUAAGGACGUCAUUAUUUUGAAACUUCCGUUAUUAUUUUCGCUGUUCUUGCCAUAAAAAUUAUUCGAAUCAAAGAAAUGUCUUAAAAAGCGCCGUAUUUAAUAAACCUGUUAAAUUCAAUUUCACAAGUCUCCUUUCCCGAUUAAGGAUAUAACAAAAAAAUCAGGGCUAUGGAUUAAAAAUUGACGCGCAAGAUAAAAUGUGGCAUGCACACUUUCGGAAUUUCUACUUAAUAUAUGAUAAUUUUAAUAGAUAUUUGGUCAAUGUUUAUUUUAUAUGACUUUUGCAAAACUGCAGUUACGGUGUUAAAUAAUAAACUUACUACUUUUGAAAAAUA